GGAGGUAAUUCUGAUUUUCGAUUAUGGAGAACUCGAACAAAUUUCAGACAGUGGUCGAGGGAGAAGCCCCUGAAUCUGACGAAGAUGAAGAGGUUCGACAAAUUUCCGAGAACUCUCAGUCGCAGAACGACACGGUUUCUACGCCUCAGCGGGUGCGAACAGGGCUUGUUGUAGCAGGAGAGGCAUCUGAAUCAGAAGAAGAAGAAAUAGAUACCAGGGAAACAGUGCCACCAUUAAUGGUGAACAAAGAUGGGGAAGGUGACGGUAGCAGAGUGCUUUUGAGAGAAGAAUCACAUUCUCCCCUGUUAGACAGACAAGCUGAGAAACCUAAAUAUAACACGUUACUGCAUAAAAAGCUCCGUGAACGUCAUGCAAUGUUUCGUCGACAUUUAGUAGCAUCUUCAGCUCAGAUGUAUUUGUCUGCCAGUAAAGAUCUGCACAAUACAACACAACAGUUGAUGAAAACACAGCUUGUUGUGCAGGACAUUUCCCACAAUAUGCGCCUGCUGACAAAUGAUUUAUUCCACCUGGAGGAUAGAAUUGAUAUUAUAUCCUCAUGUAACCUGCUACCAGAUAUCAACAUUCAGAUGUAAAUCAAGACUCGAUUUGAAAUCAAACUAAACGUGUCUCUUGCAGCCAGCAUUUAGAAUGCUGUCUGAUGAAGGACUGCAAUCAUUUGUGAUGACUGAAUACUGAUAACCACAGAUUUUCUGUUUUGUUGGGUUGUCAAGGAAAUGCUUUUUUUUAUGUUUAAUGAUGUUUUUUUUUUGGGCGUAAUUCAAUGGUUUUUAUGUACUAUCCUGAAGUAAGAUAGAUUGUACCUGUACAUAAACAUUUGAGAUGUUUGAAGCAGGUGCUCUAGCCUUAUGAAGUACAUUUGUGUUAAAAGGCUUGUGAACUUCUUUAAACUUUUGAUGGUUACUUGCAGUGAAAUGUUGCCAACAAAAUAUGCGCACAUACUUGUGCGAUCUUUGAUGCCUACGGUACACAUGGCCAUCAUGUGUUAAAACUUUAAUCAGGGUAGUCUUGUUCCUGACAGUCAGUUCUUGACAAUAAUUACAAAAACCAUUUGAUUUUUUUCAUUUUGACGUUGAUGACACAAUCAACACAACAAUGGAGGGUGUGCAAAAUGGAGACAGUGAUUAGUAUUAGUCAUUGACUCAGAGAUGAUUUUCAGUGAAGCAUGUACCUCAUUUAUUGUAUUCUUCAAGCCUUUAAUUCUAGUCAUGGCCUCUGUUGCUGAAGUGGUUAGCACGCCAGCGCGUCACACUAACCAGAGAGCCUCUCACCCAUGCAUUCGCUGUGAGUUCAAGUCCAGCUCAUACAGACUUCCACUGCAGCCAUAUGUGGGAAGGUCUGCCAGCAACCUGCAAAUAGUUGUGGGUUUCCCCUGGGCUCUGCUGAGUUCCCUCCCACCAUAAUUAUGGCCGCCGUCGUAUAAGUGAAAUAUUCUUGAGUACGGCGUAAAAUACCAAUCAUAUAAAUAAAUAAAUAUGAUUCUAGUCACCUGCCAUAUUUGUACAUUGCACAUAUUUCAGCAUAUGUAUUGUUCUGUAUAUGCAUGUAUUUUCAUGUUUGUUAAACCUGUUUGUAUAUCUGGAAGCUGCAUAGAAUUAUUUUGUGGGGAUACAGCAUGCGAAGAGUUGUAAUAAAAUAUCCAGAUCUGAUU